CAGAUUUUGCUGACUGUUGGGAUGACAGUAAGGCAUUGAUUGACAUAGAAACACACUGCAUGCAUUAUCUGUUCGAAGAAUGCAACAAAGUUGAAGGAUGAAAGGGUCUUCUUCAAGAUUUACUGUACUGGUCAGCUCACUGCGGAGUGCUGAUAGACAAGGAGAAGUAUUGCCAGGGUCCAGAGUAUAGGAAAGUACCAGGAGCUACAUGUAUGGCAGAGGCGGGGAUGUUGAUGAUGCUGUGGGUAGUGUGAUACAGUGACCAGAGGUGUAGGAACAUCUGGGGUGUGAUGAUGGGAUUACCAGUGCCUGGUGCGAGAGUCAUGUAUGUGUGGGUCUGUCUGAUGGUGCCGGUGAGUGGUCAGCCCUCCUCAGACCUAGGGGUGGUGCCCAAACCAACCGGUCUGCCCGUUCUCACUUCAGAUGGAUCUGGUUAUCUGCGACUGGAUGUGCCCAUGAAGAUCACAGAAAAAUACCUGGGCGAGACGCUGCGUGUCCGAUGUGAAAUCACAGGUGACCCAAUCCCAGAAUAUGUCUGGAUUAGAGACGGACGCAUUAUUGAUGAAAAGGACAGACGUGUCUCCAUAAAGAAAAUAGUUUGGGGAUCAAGGUUGCGUAUUGAAAACAUCAACCCAAAUGAUGCGGGAAACUACACCUGUGUGGGUUACAAUGUUUAUGGUCGCUACAACACAACAGCCAAGCUCGUCGUCAUCAACAGGCGGCCACCAGUGACUAGCAAAUCCCACACAUCAUCUGUAGAUUCUGAUUUUUACCUGCCAGGUAUAUCAGACACCUUACCCUCAAACAACCCUAAACUGUCAGGUGGCCUUGACCCUGAUGGCCAGGUGGGACAGGGGUUUUGUCAGCCAUAUCGUGGUGCCACCUGCUCUAACGUGGUGGCCAAUCAGAGCAUCUAUGUCCUGUCCAAGUAUACACAGGCCAACACAGAGGAACGGCUCAUUGCGGCCUUCACCAUCAUUGCCGGAUCCAAGGACCUGUCAUCUGAGUGUCAGCAGUAUGUGGUGCCAGCACUGUGUUACCACGCCUUUCCCCUGUGUGAUGAGCGAGGGGGUCAGCCUAAACCCCGCCAGAUCUGCAAGGAUGAAUGCCUCAAGCUGGAGACAGACCUCUGUAAGACAGAAUACAUUCUGGCCAAGACACACCAUGUUAUAGGUAACCAGGUGGUUUUACCUGACUGUGGAGAACUGAGUGAAGCAGGCACCCCUGAGGCCAGAAACUGUAAACGUAUUGGGGUCAAGGCCGAGACUGUACAUCUGAGAGAUCACAGGUGUUAUAAUGGGACCGGAACUGGUUACCUGGGACCUGUCAGUCGCACCAAGUCUGGAUAUAGGUGUCAGAACUGGAGUGCCAAUAAACCACACCAGCACUUCCUCAAAGAUGCCACAAUACGUAACCAUAACUUCUGCCGUAACCCUGGUAAUGAGAUGGAUGGGCCAUGGUGCUACACCAUGAAUGUUAACGUGCAGCGGGAGUUAUGUGACAUCCCUAAGUGUGAACCAGUUGCCAAGGAUGGAGUCAGUAAGUUGUUGUUUAUCCUGGUACCGGGGAUUACUGUACCCCUCGUUCUGGCUCUUGUGCUGGGUGGAUUCUGUUUCUGUAAUCGUUCAGGCAGAGCAGGACAGACGCCAACCACGGUGAACAAAUCCCAGCAGAAAGUAGAGACUGCUCCUCUGAAUCCCAAACCUGUGCCUGCUGGAAAAGACGUCCCAUUGUCUACUAUACGCUUCCACCAAGAACUGGGGGAAGGUGCAUUUGGGAAAGUGUAUAAGGGGGAAGUUGUUGGGCUGAUGGCAGCAGGUGCCAUCACCAAGGUUGCCAUUAAAACUUUGAAAGAAAAUGCAGCUCCCAAAGUCCAGGCUGACUUCCGUCGUGAGGCAGAUUUGAUGUGGGACAUGAAACACCCCAAUAUUGUAUGCUUGCUAGGGACCAGCUUCAAACAGCAGCCAAUGUGUAUGCUGUUUGAGUACAUGACCUUUGGUGAUCUUCAUGACUUUUUGAUCCGGAACUCUCCUCGUGGUGACAUGACAGUGGGCCUGAAGACCGACCAUCAUCAGGUGCUGGAGUAUGUGGAUAUGCUGCAUGUUGCUGCACAGAUCUCUGCCGGCAUGGAGUACCUUGCUAGCCAACAUUUCGUCCACCGAGAUUUGGCUGCUCGUAACAUUCUGGUAGGGGAUAGCCUGACUGUGAAGAUCUCUGACUUUGGUUUGUCCAGGGACAUUUACUCUUCUGAUUAUUACCGUGUACAGAGUAAGUCACUGUUACCAGUGCGGUGGAUGCCACCCGAAGCCAUUCUGUAUGGCAAAUUCACCACUGAAAGCGAUGUGUGGGCUUUCGGGGUGGUUCUUUGGGAGAUAUUCAGUUAUGGACUGCAACCAUUUUAUGGGUAUUCCAACCCCGAGGUGAUUUCCAUGGUGCGUGCCCGCCAGGUGUUGUCCUGCCCUGAGGACUGCCCCCCACCAGUGUAUGGGCUGAUGAUGGGAUGCUGGCAUGAACUGCCUGCACGUAGACCCACCUUCCGGGAAAUCUCUAUCCAACUACAAGCCUGGAAGACUGAUGCCUUAUCUGGCCUGGGGCCUCAAUGGAGUACCCUUGUGGGACGCUUCAUGCCUUCUAGUAAUGGAGGUCAUGGCACAUACAGUCACUCAGGGGCUCCAGGAGGGCCUAUGAUUUCUGGAGGUACCCUGAUACCCAUAGAUCCUCCUGGUUCAAGAGGGCAACCUUUUACCCAGGGCAGCACCCCACCUAGUAGCACCACAACAACUACAGCCUUGACAGGAAGUAGUAGCAACUCUGCUGAAACUUAUUCUGCUGUGCAAAGGCCAAUAACUCCAUCUCCUGCUCAACCUAUAAACUCUAUGUCCCUGCAAAGCUUUCAGCCCAGUUCCAGUUCAACACCCUGUGGACAAAAUGGGGCCAAGCCAAAGAAAGUGUCUCCACCUGGGUCAACAUCCAGUCACCCAUCGAGUAGUUCCAAUUCUCAGGCUUCGUCCAGAAAAGGGAGGUCUGUGGGUUACCCCAAUAGUAGCUACAUGAACAGUCCCUCUUCUCAGCCUGGAGAGCUGAGUAAGGGACCUGUGGGGAUGAACACCUCCAGGCCUGCACACAUUCCAGAGCUGAGAAUGUCAGACAUAUAAUAAUAACUGAGCAGUGUCUGGCAUGUUGAACAAAACAGAAACAAGAUCUGUGCUCUCCAACAGUAUGUAUGCCUUUGAGUUGUUCAUGUUGUGGUCAAAAGGGACAUAUAGCUGUGGAGUGUUACACAUAUCAUUAUGUGAGUGCUGUGACAUUCUGUUACCAGUAGGGUGGCCACAUGACCGUGAGUUACAUGUAUGACGACCUUAUCACUUCAAGGAGUUUCGUUGUGAUAAUAGGAGCAUAAAGAACAAGCAUCAUCAGCAGGAAUUGAAGGCUGAUAGACAGUGUUUUCCGCAUGGCUUAUGCUCACAUGUUCUGGAUGACUUGUGCUAACUCACAAAUGUGGUCAGCUUGUGAACGUGUACUUUUCUAGAUUGAGGCUCUGAUCAGAUCAGUUUCAAAAUGGUUAUAUAUUUGCAUUGGCAUUAGUCCUGCUGAGGUCUCCAUCAGUGCAUUAUUCUGUACAAAGAAAGCUUUUUGUUGAAAAACUGAAAAUACUCACUAUUUAUUGCCAUAUUUUUGUUCAUUAGGUUUAACAGUUCACAUCCAUAAUUGACAUUGUAAUUAUUUUAUGAACUCAUUGUAUGUUUUGAAUUUAUAUAAAAAUGUAGCCACAGCUUUCUUCUUGAGCCAGUGAACUAUGUUUAAUUGUAAAUUUAUUAGGAAAAAGUUUGGCCCAGAAAAUUAUUUAAUAAUGAUGUUAAAUGAUAAAAAUUUACCUGAGAAUAUCUUGGAAAUAUUAUCUUAAUUUUGUAAUGCUUUUCAUAUUCUUGGAAAUGUCAAGUUCCUUUCAGACUUUGGAAAUAUGUUUUUUCCUGUUUAUAUCAAAUGGCUGCCAAGAAAGUGCUUUUCAUGAAGUUCUGUAGUGUCUUGUUUAUGUGUUCACAUCACUUUGUUCAGUUCAUGGACAGUCAGGUGUAGUGCUCAAAUCAUUAGUGUGUCGUGAGAUAAUGGGAAGCGUGGGAAUGCCAUUGUGGGAUACUGUUUACAGCUCGAAGAUAACUAUCUUAAGUAUUUACAACAGCAUUUUCUGAAAAUGUCUGGAUUGUAACACAGCUUACAUCCACAGUGUGAUUGUCACUCUUACCACAUUUUUACUUCCAAGGAAAGGAUUUAUUUCUUGUCAGAAAUCAGCCAUAAUUUUAUGUGUUCAUCAACAGUU